AUGGCUCCAGGUCUCACAGAAACAGUCGCCCUCCGGGCCCCAACAGUUGCGCCUCCAUUGAAGGCUGACGCCGGUCAUAACAAGGAGAAUUUGAUUGGCUACAAGUACGAAAAAGAUCGAGAGAUCAAGGGAACAGACAAGUUGCCUCCCGCCUCGUACCCUAACUAUCUUCCUGUCUGGGACAACGAGACUGAGAGAUAUCCUCCUUUAGAGCCUUUUGAGCACUACGACCACGGGAAAGAUGCCGAUGCCUCCUUCCCAGACCUAUUGCCCAAAGGCCAAGUCGAAGUCGACGAGAUCACACCCUUCAUCGGCUCUGAAGUGCACGGCGUGCAACUGAGCCAACUUUCGGACAAGGGCAAGGACCAACUAGCUCUCUACGUAGCACAGAGACGGGUAGUAGCCUUCCGCGACCAAGACUUCGCCUCCCGCCCAAUCCAAGAAGUAGUCGACUACGCCGGCUACUUCGGCCGCCACCACGUCCACCAAACAUCCGGAGCGCCCAAGGGCUUCCCAGAAGUUCAUCUGGUAUUCCGUGGCGCCGACGACCGCACCGGCGCAAAGUUCUUGGAACAGCGCACUAACACCAUCACCUGGCACUCGGAUGUUACUUUCGAGAAACAGCCCCCGGGCACAACAUUCCUAUAUGUUCUCGACGGCCCAACGACAGGCGGCGACACUCUGUUCGCCGAUAUGGUGCAAGCCUACAAGCGACUGUCACCAGAAUUCAGGAAACGGCUGCACGGAUUGAAAGCCGUGCAUUCUGGUCUUGAGCAGGUCAAUGCCAGUCUGAACGGUGGCGGUAUUGCCCGUCGCGAUCCUAUUACCUCCGAACACCCUAUCGUCCGGACACACCCUGUUACCGGCGAGAAGGCACUUUAUGUUAACCCGCAAUUCACCCGCUUCAUUGUCGGCUACAAGAAAGAGGAAUCAGACGCUCUCCUAAAGUUCUUGUAUGAUCACAUUGCCCUGUCUCAGGAUACCCAAACGCGUGUCCGCUGGAAGGCUGGUACCGUCGUUGUUUGGGAUAACCGCGUGGCAUGCCACUCGGCCGUCUUCGACUGGGAGGAUGGCCAGCGUCGGCAUAUCGCUCGUCUCACGCCGCAGGCUGAACCUCCAUAUGAGACGCCUUUUGAGGGUGAGGAAUAA